AUGGCCAAAAUAAGUAAUGAAAACUGGAGAGAGAUUGAGUUAUCAGGGAGCUCUCCAAUAAUAUCAUCACUUUUUAUGGGAAAUGAAGUGAGUUCUGGGAGAUACACCUUAGCAAGCUUUCUCCCAAAAAACCUUUUUGAGCAAUUUCAAAGAACAUCAAAUAUUUGAUUUUUACUUGUCUCAGUUUUUCAAUUGAUCCCUAUCCAGCUAAAUCCCACCAAUUCUUGGACAACAAUAGCCCCACUUGGGAUUUUGAUCUUUUUUACAUUAUUAAAAGAUGCUUAUAAUGACUAUUUUCGACAUAAGGAUGACAUCAAAGUUAAUUCAAGUGAUUAUGAUUAUUGAAAUGGCUCAGAAAUACAAAGCAUUAAAUGCAAAGACAUCCUCGUCGGCCAUAUUCUUUUAUUGAAAUCGCAGCAGCAAGCUCCAGCUGAUAUUUUGCUUAUUGCAACCGAAAGCAAAGAUGGGGCUUGCUAUGUCAGAGCAUCUGGGGUUGUUGGAGAAACUAACUUAAAAAAGAAAAUAGCUGUCAGUGAUGUUCAGAAGCUGUUUCAAACAAUGGAAAGAGAAUUUAUUAUUAAAAAGAUUUCUGGCUUAAUAAGAAUAGAACAACCCAACAGUGAUUUUUGCAGCUUUCAUGGGAUUCUUAGUUUAAAAGGGCAUCCGAAAUCAAUUGAUUUAUCUUUAGAUAAUUUGAUAUUUCGGGGAAGCACAGUACUAGGCUCGAAGUGGGCAAUUGGGAUUGUGCUUUAUGCAGGAGAAGAGACUAAAACGCAAUUGAAUAUUCGUUCCCCGCCAAAAAAGACGAGUAGAAUUGAAAAGAAAGUGAAUGAGUAUGUGAUUUAUAUUUUGAUGUUUCUUUUGAUUAUGGUAAGCUGAUCUGUUUCAGCCCAUAAUUAAAGUAUGGAGUAGCUCGAAUUUUCUGGUCUCCCGACCGAAAUUCACUUCUUCCAUAUUGUAAUUAUAAGACUUGUAAAAUCAUUCCAGCUUUGUCAAGCAAGUAAGAGCCGGUAGUUUUUCCUACCGACUACUAGCCUUAGGUAAUGGAAUUUUCCAAAAGGGUAUCUCAAACCCUAGGGUGGAACUGGGACCUUUAGGGUGCUUUUCAGACCCAAGUAAGUGCCUGAGCUCAAAGAAGAGUUUUUGAAAUCCAAACUUCAAGGCUGGCGUCCUCUUUUAGUUAUCAAAGUAGGAGGUGGUCACACCUUUAGUAGCCCGAGGGAAAUGGUGCGAAACUCGCCCUAGAGAGUGUUGGAAGUAGUUGUGGUCAAGCAACCUGAUAUUAGACGUUAAACGUGUAUAGAUUAAUUAAGAUUAAAAUCGGUUUUAGCCCACUUUGUUCUUUCUACAACUGACGAUACUGACACUCCAUUUGAGUCCUAUAUAAGCUUUACCCUCCUUUAUAACAAUAUCACUCCUAUUUCUUUAUUUGUAACAAUGGACAUCAUCAGAAUUAUUCAGCUCUACUUCAUACAAAGAGAUUCAAAUAAAGAAAUCAUCUUCAAAACUGGAGAUAUCAAUGAAGAUUUAGGACAAGUAGAGUACAUUUUAGCUGAUAAAACUGGGACUUUGACAGAAAACAAGCUGUGCUUGCAGACUUGCAUCAUUGAAAACACUAAAUAUUGCAGAGAAGACCCAUACAGCUGCGACUUAAGCAUAAAUCUUAAUGAUGAAGAAAAAGGACUCUAUGUUUCAACACAAGAUAACCACGACUCUACAAAUUACGUAAGCGAAAAAAAUAACUCAGAUUUCCUUCAAACUGGGUCCUCUUUCAACUUUCAGAAGCUGUAUGAAAAUUUGACGCUUUCGGGAGAAGGGACGAAGCUCUACGAAUUUGUGAAAUGUAUGGCACUUUGUAAUAAUACAGUUCCUGGGCAAGAUGCUAAUAGUGAAUUUGUUGGGACCAGCAUGGACGAAAAUGCACUUGUGGAGGCUGCUGAUGAACUGGGAAUCAACCUUAUAAGCCGAAAUAAUGAUAGCUGUGUGCUAAAAAUGCAUGGUACAAAGGAAUGCUUUCAAAUUCUUGCGUCUUCACCGUUUUCUUCUGAAAACAGAAAAUCAAGGAUACUAGUAAAAAAACAAGAUCAUGAUAUUGCCACUCUUUACGUAAAGGGAUCGGUAUCAGAAAUGCUGCCUCUUUUCAAUAUAUCCCCACAAUUAAAAUAUAGAAAAUUCCUGGGGAUAGCGCGGAAUACGCUAUCCCCAGGACCAACCGGGAUCGGAUCCCACAUGGAACGAGGGUUCCAUGUGUGGAUCCAUUUUUGACACGUGAAAGUAAAUAUCUCACAUGUCAAAAAUGGAUCCACACAUGGAACCCCCGUUCCAUGUGUGGAUCCGAUCCCGGUUGGUCCUGGGGAUAGCGUAUUCCGCGCUAUCCCCAGGAAUUUAGUAUAUGAUAUAGAAGAGCAAUCAUUAGCCUUGCAAUUAUUAGGACAGCGUACAAUUCUUCUUGGCUUCCGAAUUCUAAAAAAAGAUGACUAUAACGAAUUUUUAGCUAAGCUUGACUCUUGCAAAAAUUUCCCAAUAAAUCGUGAAGGGAGAAUUGAAAGUGUAUACCAAGAACUUGAGUCAAAUUUAGUCUUUCUCGGAACCGCUGGAAUUGAAGAUAUAGUCACUCAAGAAACACAAAAUGCUAUAGACAAUCUAAAAAGAGCAGGAAUAAAAAUAUGGGUAUUAAGUGGAGACAGUGAAGCAGCCACUGUUACGACUGCUUAUAAGGCGCAUAUCAUUAACCGAGAAACCACUUUAUUUAAAAUUCAUGAUCUCAUUAACCAAUUUCUCUGUACAAAAGCACUGCAAAAUGGAGUUCUAACACAUAUAUAUAAAGAUAACUCAGUUGCGGUUUCAAGAAAGGCAUCAGCUGCCAGGUGGGGCUCUGUCGCGAGGUCACGAAAGCAGCAGUCAGUUUAUAGAAAGCCAGCUAAUGAGAUAAGAAAUUUUAGUCUGUUGGAAGCAAAUGAUGCUCCUCGUCAUACCAUAUGGGAAAAUCAUGAAAAUGAAGAUGCAGAUAAUGUUGUAGCUAUGAAUGGAGUUGAAAAGAUGCUUGCAGUGCAUCCGAUUUUCCAAGAUAUUUCUAAGCAAGAAAAGAAAAUCAGUGACGCUUUUUUGAACAGACCUUUCAUCCCUUUUUCAGUAGAUUUUUCUAUCUCAAUAGACAGUGCUUCCUUAUCAACAGCCAUGAACGAUGAAGAGUCUCGAAAGCUCUUGGUCUGUUUAUUAUUGGCUUCUCAGUCUGCUUGCUUCUAUGGACUAACCCCCAGAGAUAAAGCUCUUGUCGUAAAACUUUUGAAAGAAAACGUGAAGUUCAAACCUUUAACUCUCGCAGUUGGCGAUGGAAAUAACGAUAUUCCGAUGAUACAAGAAGCUGAUAUCGGCGUUGGAGUUCUUUCUAAAGAAGAAAGCCAAGCUCCAAACUAUAGUGAAAUCGUCAUAAAAAAUUUCUCCCAGCUUGAAGACCUGCUCCUUUUCCAUGGCUACUGGAAUUAUAACAAAAUGUCAAGAGGAGUUUUGCUAUUUUUUUACAAAAAUUUUGUGCUAACAAUGAUUACAUUUGUAUAUAUUUGAUACACUGAUUACUCAGACACGUCAAUAUUUAAUGAUACUCUAUUAGUUGGCUAUAAUAUCUUUUUUACAACUCUUCCCAUUAUAGUUAUGAGCGUUUUUGAUGAUCCUCUGCCAAAUUUCCAAAUUAGGGAAUACCCUCAAAUUUAUUCAGAAGGAAUAAAAUGUGUUCACUUUAAUGCUUGGAGAUUUAUAGAAUGUAUAGCUUUUGCAAUAUGCCAAGGCCUCUUUAUUUCUUUAUUUGGAAUGUAUGCAUUUGGUGGAAUUCAAAAUAACGCAGGGUUUGUGGAGGAUUAUAGUCUGAUAGGGACUAGCUUGUAUAUAGCGACAGUUUUUGCGGUCCUUAUUCAGAUUUGGAUACAGACUUAUGCUAUUGGAUUUAUAUAUGUAGCCACUCAUUUUGUGUCAAUAGUUUUGCUGAUAUGUGCAAUUAUUAUUGUUACUGCUAUAGAUUUUAGUGAUAAUGACUUAUAUGGGGUUGGCGAACAAAUUGGAAAUUCUUCUGUGUCACUGAUGCUCAUAUUUUUGCUUCCUUUGGUAUGUGUGACGACUUCAUUGAUGUACUUUGCUUAUAAAACUAUUUUUCAUCCAAACCUACUGGUAAAAAUUAAGCGGAUGUCAUUUGGCCGACCUUUGUUUUAUAAGUUUUUGAGACUAGAAGAAUAUUCUACAUGUCUAGUUAAAGCGUAUAAACCUACUAGCAAUACAAAGAGUAAUGUAGAAAAAGAAGCUUUUGAGAUGAAUAAAUUCACGCUUACACCUUCAUCUUUGUGAAAAUAACACACUGGAAAAUCUUUAUUAGGAAAAACACACCCUCCUUGAGAGAACAAAAUAUUUUUUAUUGGAACUUUUAUGCUUUUUCUAUUAAAUUUUAAACAGUUUGUAUUCUAAAUAUAAAUUAUAUAUUAAAUUAUAUUUUAGAUUCAAAUUAGAAAAAAAUUUAAAUAUUUGAACAACAUUAACUCACUCUAUAAGCGAGUAAAACAAAUUUUGAUUACUCACGAAUUAGCGGAGUUAGGUUUUUGACACCAUAUAUAGAGAAGCUUUAUAGUGAAGGAUAUAUCCAUGAAAACCUUACAUAUUAUAAAAUUAUUGUAAGCUUAUUAUGGGUUUUGCUUAUAAUUUGAACCUUUUUAGAAUCAUUUCUGCUCUCAGUAACGCUUUCAUAUAUUUUAAUGAGAAUUAUACUGUGCAUCGCAUUCACAAUAAUUUUGAUUAUUGUUUUUACUGAUUAUUUUAAAAAUAAUUAUUUGGAAUUUACGUUAAUAAUUAUUUUUAUUGGGAUUCUAGUUAAAUUCGGCACUGAAAUGGCUUAUGCAAAAGCAGGACCCUUAGCAACAGGUUGCGUGCCAUCUCUAACAUAUAUUCUUUUUAAUGUAGACUGGUAUCUAAUAACCUUUCUAAAUGCUCAAAACUUAAUAUUGCACGUUAUAUCUAUAUCAUACUAAAACUUAAUAUUUUUAAUUUCUGAUACUUUCAGAACGAUCGAGCUCCCUAGAACUCUAUAGGACGUAAGAGACAUUUUUAGGACUUGCUGUAUGGCUCUCAUCCUAUCAGUUGUUGCCGGAGGCACAUGGGCAGCCCUUACUAUUAGAGUCUGUAGGUUUGGAACUUGCUUACCACUUGCUCCAUAUCGAGUCUUUGCACGACGACUAUUCCAUAAUGACUUUAUCUAUUUUUUAGCCUAUUUUUUUCAUUGGUUCAUUUGUUUGGAAAUAAUUUUCAAAUAAAUUUUAUUCUAUUUUUUAAGAAGUAUUUUUAGCAUUAAAAAAAAGACCAAAAAAAGUCGUUAUGAAAUAGGCAUCGGUGAAGAACCCUCCAUCCAGUAUUCGCUGAUUCUGCUCCAGCCAUUAUGUCUUGACCCUCUGCAAGACAUCUGUGGUCAGGUGCUGCGGCAGAAAAGCCUCUUAAGGCGGGAAAACCCACCUGCAGAGGGAUAUCUAUAUCAUACACAUACGCUGAGCAAAAUAUGAGUGCUACAGAAGCUGCUUUGAUAAUUCUUAGUUUCAUCACUAUAAAUGCAUCAAUUACAUUUACUUCUGCAAUUGUUGGAUAUGUCUUGGAUAGAACUAAAAGACUUGAAUAUAAAUACACUCGGAUAAAAGAAAUGGGAAUCGAAAAAACACAAGAAAUUUUAAGCUUUCUAUUGCCAGCCUUUGUUAAAAAAAGAGUAAAAGAAGGAGCUCGUUAUAUUGCUGAGGACCAGGGCACCGUUACGAUACUGUUUUGCGAUAUUUGUGAUUUUGACACAAUCUGCUCUGAGUAUACACCAAUUGAGUUGACAACAUUUUUAGAUGAGCUUUUUCAAAAAUUUGAUCAGUUUUGCACUGCUAUUGGAGUUACUAAAAUAGAAACUGUAGGGAAAACGUAUAUGGCAUGUGCUGGACUAAAGGACAGUGAGCUAGAAAUGGAAGAUUAUAUUAAAAAAGUGUCUCAUGCUAGAAGAACAAUUGAGCUUGCUUUUGCAAUGAUUUCUCAUGUACAAACAGUCGGGCUAAAAAAUGGAUCUUUGUUGAAAGUAAAAAUUGGAAUUAAUAGUGGCGAGGUUACUGCUGGAGUUGUAGGGUAUCAUAAACCCCAAUUUUCUCUUGUAGGGGAUACUGUUAAUACUGCGAGUAGAAUGUGUUCAACCCUUGAAGAAUACAAUAAAAUACAAAUCUCUAGCUCCCCUCUUUCUGUUAGCGAAAAAAUUAUUGGAAAAAUCACUAUUUUUCGGGAAAAACCCUCCUCUUUAAGCGAGCAAAUAAUUUGUUAACAUAAUUUGUUUAUAUGAAAAAUAUUUUGAAAUAUAAUUGAUGAUUAGUAUAAUGAAAUCUUUAGCUAAUUCUUUUGGAUUUUAAACAGAUCCCAUUCAAAACAUAAUGUUUACUAAUUAAAUUGAUUUUCGCUGUCCAAUUUUUGCAAGUUUUAAAUUUUUUUAUUUUGAAAUUUAUAUAUAAUUUAUGCACCAUAAUAGAUCUCUAUACCCCAGCAGAAUAUCGACCAGAAAACAUAGGGUUCAGGGCACUGCCUUAUAAAAUACCUAAGUCUAAUUAGGCAUCUUAAAACUAUAAACCGAGACCUGUCAUUUUUGUUUUUACUUCUCAAAAAAGCUUGGCAAGUACAAAUUAAUUUUACAAAUUAGAAUAGAUGGUCAUAUAAUGAUCUAAAAAGUUCAAGGCUAUAAAUUUUCUAAAAAAAAUUAGCUCCUCGUGAAAGAACAAAAUUAUUUUGUUUUUUCACGAAGUGAGGGAAUUAAGGAAACCUAUGAUUUGAUAGGAGAUUAUAAAGGACUUGCAUUUAUAAAUAAUAGGGUUGAAGCUAAAGGCAAAGGAAUUCUUGACACAUUUAUAGUAUCUGAAGGAUUACAGCAGAAUUCAGAUGAAAUUGAAACAAUUCAGCUAAGUCCUGAUACUAAAACCCCAGGAAACAAUUCUUUAUUCAGAAAAAUAUCACUCCAAUUUCACGAGCACGAUAGCAAUAAUAGCAGCCCGCAAAGCCCAAAGCGAAAAGGCAGAAGCACCCAAAGACUGACACAACUUAACAUAGAGCCAGAGUUUUUGCAUCAAAACGAAGCAGAAAUAUUAGAAAAAAUCAAUAUUUUUGAUUUUCAGUGCAAAGAAAGUGCCUUUCAAAGAAAAUUCAGACGUGAUAAAUUGCUAAAUAACAAAGCUAUGAUGCAUUACAGCCUGCUUAUAGCAUUGAUAAAUUCAUCUAUACUCUUAUUUUUCUGCAUUCUUGAGUAUUUUUUGCUUUCUGAUUAUUCUCAGAAAGAAAAUAUCUUAUGUCGCUCUGUAAUCGUAGCAACGCUUUUAGUAUUAUUUUUGGGUUAUAAGAAGAUAUAUAUCAGAAGAAUUUAUCCAAUUGUUCUAAUGGCUAUUUUAUUUACGAUGGUCCUCAAUACCUUAUUUUAUAUUACAAAUGACACAAAGAGACCUGUUGACUUAAUAGCAUUAGAAAUCAUGUAUAUUAUCUUGAUCCUUAAUUUUACAGGAGCCCUUAAUAUAGCACUCAUUAUUUGGUCAAGCUUAGGGAUUUUCAUCCCAUGAGUCACUAUAGCGUUUUUUAACUCAGAUCCAUCGUUAAACAUAGCAAACGCGCUGCUUGUCUUAGGGUUUUCUAUUAUAAACACCUCAGCAGCAUAUGGAAGAGAAAAAAAUCUGAGGACUUAUUUUAAUAUGCAGAAAUUAGCUGAGAAAGAAAUAGAAAAGACUGACAAGCUACUCACACAAAUGAUGCCGCCUCAUGUAGUAGAAAAUAUGAAGCAAGGAAAAGCUAUUACAGAUAGGCUGUUUCGGGUAACUUUGCUAUUUGCUGAUAUUGUUGGCUUUACAGCUUGGAGUUCUAAUAAAACUCCGAAAGAUGUAGUAGGGAUGCUUUCUGAACUGUUUACAAGAUUUGAUAAAAUGUGCGUAAAUCAUAAUGUCUAUAAAGUCCAUACUAUUGGAGAUUGCUAUGUAGUUAUGGGAUAUAAUGGCAAUGAGUCAAGAGAUCCAGCACAAGAGUGCUUAAAUAUGAUUAAUAUGGCGAAAGCCAUGAUAGAAAUUAUUGAAGAAGUUAAUAGAGAAAAUAAUAGCCAAUUAAAAAUGAGAAUUGGAUUGCAUACUGGCGAAGUAAUUGCAGGGAUCAUUGGAACUACUAUUGUUAGAUAUGAUAUAUAUGGCCCUGAUGUGUUAAUAGCAAAUAAAAUGGAAAGUGGAGGAUUGGCAGGCUAUAUUAAUGUUAGCGAUAUUACAAGAGAAAUAUUGGAAGAAAGGUAUCCAUCAAUGUUUUCAUAUGAAUUCAAUAAAGAAAUUGAAGCAAAGUCUAUUAAAAGAAAGCACAAGAGCUAUUUCAUUGAGUUCAAAUAA